UAUGAAAUCAAUUACAAAAAUUUGAUAUCGCUGUAAACAUAUAGGCUGUACCUACUGUAAAAGUUUAAAUUUUUUUACCUAUAGUGUUGUAAGAUAUUACGUUUUUAUUUUAAUUUUAAAAUAUUUAAAAGUGCAGUAUAUAUAAUUAUAUAAACGAAAAUACAUAAAUAUGAUGUUUGUAAAAGAAGGAUUAUUCUGUUUCGUUUUAUUUGCAUCGAUAUUGCUGAUCCAAGGUCGUCCUCAAGGGGACUCCAUGACUAAAACUUCAGAAAAACCAGAACCAUACGAAUACCAAUACAAAGUGGAAGAUAAACCAAGUGGAAAUUACUACGGACAAAACGAAGUUGGCAAAGAUACGGGUCGCAUAGAAGGAUCGUACUUUGUAUAUCUUCCGGAUGGUAGACUCAUGACAGUCACAUACUACGUUGAUGGAGAAAGUGGUUUUGUACCAAAAAUCACCUUCCAAGAUAAUGCUAGUCCUUUUGGCAAUACUGAAUCAAAUUCUAUUCAGAGAAGAUAGAACAGUUUAAUGAGUAAUUUGUAUUGUCUUGUUUAAAUAUUUUCCAGAAUUAAAAAAAUCAUGCAAACUAUGAACAUAUAUCAUCGGCACAACUAUAUAAUUACCCAUAGUACUGUAUUAGAUACUAAAGUAUCUUAGUACCUUUUAUACGUAAAUAUAACGUAAUUGAAAAAAAAUAUUAUUGUUAUAUUUGUUUGUAUUUAAUAAACUUCAAAAUUUAUCUUAAAAUUACUGACCCCUCAUUAUUGUACACAAUUUAGAGAAUGUAUCCACCAUGUAUACACACUACACAUUUUAUUUACAUAACAAUGUAUGUUACGUAGGUACCAGGUAUAUAGGCAGAUAUUUUAAGUACUUUUGAAUAUUUUUUAAUUAAUGGGUAUAUACUAUUAUAUACUAUGCUGUUUUAAAUUGUUAAAUUU